AUGACGAGCGCAGUAACAGCAUCAUCAGCAUGGGUAACAAUGGUGACGGGAGAAUUAAUAGCAUCAACAGGAGGAGUAACAAUGGUGCUGGGAGGAGUAACAGCAUCACGAGGAGGUAUGGCAAUGGUGGCGGGAGCAGUAAAAAUAAGGAAAGCGUAUGGUCACGGGAUCAGUAAUAGAAUCCUCAGGAGGUGUAACAAUGGUGACGAGAGCAAUAACAAAAUCAUCAGGAGGGGAAACAAUGGUGACGGGAGCAGUAAGAGCAUCAUCAGGAGGGGUAACAAUGGUGACGGGAGAAGUAACAGCAUUAUUUGGAGGGGUAACAAUGGUGACGGAGAAGUAACAGCAUCAUCAGGAUGGGUAACAAUUGUAACGGGAGAAGUAACAGCAUUAUCUGGAGGGGUAACAAUGGUGACGGGAGAAGUAACAGCAUCAUCAGGAUGGGUAACAAUUGUAACGGGAGCAGUAACAGCAUCAGAAGAAGUGGUAACAAUGGUGACGGGAGCAAUAACAACAUCAUCAGGAGUGGUAACAAUGGUCACGAUAGCAGUAACAGCAACAUCAGGAUGGUUAACAAUGGUCGCGGGAGCAUUAACAUUAUCAUCAGAAGUGGUAACAACGGUGACGGGAGCAGUAAAAGCAUCAUCAGGAGGGAAAACAAUGGUGGCGGGAGCAGUAACAGCAUUAUCAGGAAGGGUAAUAAUGGUGACGGGAGAAUUAACAGCAUCAUCUGUAGGGGUAACAAUGGUGACGGGAGCAAUUACAGCAUCAUCAGGAAGGGUAACAAUGGUGACGGGAGCAAUUACAGCAUCAUCAGGAGGGGUAACAAUGGUGAAGGGAGCAGUAACAUCUUCAUCAGGAGGGGUAACAAUUAUGACUGGAGCAGUGACUGCAUCAUCAGGAGGCGUAAAAAUGGUGACGGGAGCAUUAACAGCAUCAUCAAGAGGGGUAACAAUGGUGACGGGAGUGGUAAGAGCAUCAUCAGGAGGGGUAACAAUGGUCACGAUAGCAGUAACAGCAUCAUCAGGUUGUGUAACAAUGGUCACGUGA